AUGACAAACUUACCAAUAAUACACAUGCCUUUGAAUGAAAUUUACCCUGAUGAUUCUGAAAGCGAUGACUCGCAAGAACUAUACGAUAGGAACAGAGGAGCUUUCGUCGAUACAGUUGGAUGUCAAAUUCCCAUAGCGAUGAUUCCGUACAAAAAAUACAAGAACCGACAGAAAAACUGCGGAAAACGAGCUGUAUUCCUGAAGAAAGUCGACGACGGCUAUAUUGCUGACAACACUUUUCCCAACUUGAUGGCUGCUUUAUCGGGCAAGAAUAUGUCAUCUAUUUCCAAUAGUUGUUAUAAAAGAAUGGACGUGUGCAAUGAAUUUCUAAUAUGGAACCAGUUCAAAAAUUCGGGAUACGUCACAGCAUACGGAGAAGAUUAUUUACGUCUUCCAGAUACGUUUAGCAAAGAAUAUACAUAUAAUAAUGUACCGACGGAUCAUUAUUUAAGACCGUUUUAUCUUCACGGAGAACAUGAACUUUUCAAUCGAUCUUUAGUGUGCACAGGGAAAGUAACAUCGGGACAGCAUCUAUUGGAUUAUGCCUACGAUUUUGCUCUCACCUACAGAUUUUCAAUGUUCUUUGGAGUGUUUUGGAUGAACACAUUUAGUCAUAACGUCAACAGUUAUCCUGAGGAAGCUGACAAAAUGUUCGAAGGAUUCUUAAACCGACUUACGUACACAGGAAUUUUAGAAAACACCUUUAUUAUAUUCUUUAGCGAUCACGGAAUACGUUUUGGCGAGUACCGCUUAGACCCAGCGUCUUAUUAUGAGGAGCGUAAUCCCGCUUUCUUUAUGUGGGCUCCAGUAAGAUUCCAAGCACACUACCCGUUGCUCUUUAAAGCAGCAGCUGUGAAUCAAUUCCGCUUAAUCACACCAUAUGAUUUGUAUAAUACCCUUGUUAAUAUUAAUACACUAUCGGAAUUGAGAAAUUACACGGAAGGGCUUUCAGAAGCGUGCCCGUUAUGCCACAGUAUUUUUCGUGAGAUUUCAGGUAACCGAACUUGUGCUGACGGUUCAAUCCACCCCAAAUGGUGUCCUUGUCACAAAUUGUAUCCUUUAGACUCGCAGGAUAUGGAAGGCAUGAAAAGCGUGGUAUAUGCGUCAACAAAAAUAAAAGCCAUGAUAAAGACAAUAAAAACGGACCGGUGCUGGGGUUGUUUGAAACUUGCAAUAAAAAACGUCAUCAGAAUACAUUUCUAUUAUAACUAUUUGAGUUUAUAUUACGUGGUUGCAUUUUCUAUGACACCCGGGAAUAUAACUUAUGAAGCUGUAGUUUCUAAGAAGGGUCCUCAUUUAGAACUCGUUGGUGAUAUUAGUGUUAUAUCGGUAUACAGAGGAUUAGGAAAAUGUGCUCCUAAUCAACGGGACAGACUUUUCUGUGUGUGUAAAAAGAAAGAAAAUUGUUGA